AUGGACUACAAACCAUGGUACCCAUCAGACUACACCCAAGCACUAAACAACAUCCUCACAGAAGACCAAACAACCACCCUCCUAACCCAACCCGGCACCUCCCCCCGCUUCGUCUACGACACCCUAAUGCUCCCCACCGUCCUAAAAUACUUCACCGACAUGCCCCAAACAACUCCCAUCACCUGCAACAUGACCCAAGCCACGCUCUUCGGCUACCAACUCUACCGCUUCUCCAACCCCGGAACACCCGUGAUCGCGCCAUCGCCAGACCCGCAAGCCGCCGUUGAAGGACUGCUUAUCUUUGGAUUGAACGAGCAGCAGAGGAAUGCGAUUUAUGAGCUCGAGGCUGGGUUGAUGAAGUUGGUUAGUGUGCAGGUGGAUAUUCAGCAGCGGGUGACGGAUGAGGGGGGGUUGUGUAGCGUGCGGGCUGUGGAGGCGGGGGCUUUUUGUUGGGCGGAUGAGAGGGCGAUGGAGGGGUUGGUUCCUAUUGGGGGUGUGGCGUGGCCGUUGGAUGAUUUUUUGGUAGGUUCGUUUUAUGAGCAUAUUGCGCGGUCUCAGUGUAAAGGUAUGGGUGUUGAGGGGGUGUUACCGCGGAGUCCGUCGGUCAAACGACGGCCUAGGUCUUAUACGGGGCAGGUUGAGACGCUGGAAUGCAUAGAAGAGGAUCACGGCGAGUGGUUUCUCUAA